AUGGCCUCCAGGCAAAAAUUGCGAUUCAACUCUGAACACAUUAAGUUAAUCAGGGACCAAUUUAAACUCGUGGAUGCGGACGGCGAUAAACUUAUUAAUGAGGACGAGUUCCGGAAACUGUUCAGAUCGUUCGGCCAGACGGUCUCCAACAAGAGGUUGGACUCCAUUGUCGCAGAGGUGUUCAAGGACUUAAAUGGCGCCAAAGGCAUCGACUUUGAGACGUUUAUAAACUCCUUCAUCAAGUACUACUCGCCACCUCCAACUGAAAAGGCUCUCAGGGAAGCUUUCGCACUAUUCGACAGUUCCGGGUACCUCGACAGGGCCAGGCUUUUCAACCUCCUCGCGACCCGGGGAGAGAAGCUGAGCAGGGCCGAGCUGGAUGAGUUUUCGCAGGUGAUGGGUCUCGGAAAGGACGUCAGCAAGGUGGACUACCGAAAAUUGGCCGAGAAUAUGCACUCGAUCCUCUCGCAGGUGCCCGCCUCAAGUUAG